CCCGCCUCCCAUCCGCAUUAGUUGAUUUACACUACAUCUCUGAAUACCCAGCUUGUGCUACCUACCGAUUUUCUCUGCGGGGGCCAACAUCCAGCUAGCCUAGGACGACAAGGGAACACUCCGCAAAUAUCACCAUCGUACAGGCAGAGUUAUCAAGAGGGACCUGCUACAACUUCAAUUGCACUCUACAGCGUCAACAAUACCGACGUCAAGAUGGAGCAUCUACACCGCGAACUCCCACUCCGGGCAGCCCCUCAGGAGUCACAACUAUCAACACCAGAACUGCGGCCAUCCUCCCCCUCACGCUCAUCAACCGGCAGCAGCACCCGGUCUCGCAAAUCCACGCUCACCCUCGACCUCACCAACCUCCCCCCGCUUGUCAAGCCAACGCCGCCAUGCAACACACUGAUCUUCACCAACCUUCAAUCCCGCGACAUCUUCCGCCCAGACAAUCUCCAGACCAUCCGCGACCUCAUCUCUCAAACAGCCCGUAUCCACGCCUUCUCCCCAUUGAAGUCGCUCAACCGCAUUGUCGUGUCCUUCUACAGCGACGCCGACGCCAUCGCAGUGCGCCAGGUCUGGGACGGCGAAGCCGUCAUGGGCGAUCGGUGCCGCGUGUACUUCGGCCAGCCGACACCCCUGACCACACUGGCGGACACCCACCUCGCGCUGCCUGACGCAGGCAAGCUCUUCUUCAUCUCGCCGCCGCCGAGCCCGCCGCACGGGUGGGAACAAAAGAUGGAGGACGCGCCCAACAAGAUGGUGCACGCGGAUGAUCUGGCCGAAGCACUGGCGAAGCUGAGGCAUCACCAGAACCAGAGCAACGACGGCAUGACGAUGGGCUCCCCCGUAUCGCCAGCUGAGAGUGGUAGUGGCAAGGGGCGGAGUCGUAGCUCGACGCUGGUCUUCCAGCCGACUCCCGGUUCAGGAGCCAGCCCGAACCUGCCGUGUGUCAUUAUCGACGACAUGACGGAUGAGCCGGAAGAGAUGUCUCCGGUUGCGCCACCGAAGCCGAUCAUGGCGCAUACGGCGCGCCCGCCGGUCGAGUUGAUGCACGAUGCCUGAAGGCGGAACUGAAGCGGAAAUUACAUUCUAUUACUCUUUUCUUUUCCCACUGCCCUUUUUCUCUCGCUGUUUGGUCAUUCUCUGCAUUAAUCUGGCUAUCGGCACAUGUUGGUUGUUACACAAGACAUCACGGGAUCGGUUUGGGGCUCAUGGAGAACGGCAGUUGGCGUUGGGUGCUUGUGCAUGUGCGAUAGGGGAGCCGUCGCAAACGGUAUUACUUAUAUUCUACGGCAGCGUUGGAGGUCAUGGGUAAAAAAGCAUGGUCAUGUUGCAUGCACAAGUGGGAUUACACAGAGAACAGUAGCUCUAGCUCGAUGUCGGAUGGGUAGAAGAGUGGUGAGCGCGUUCAGUUCAUUCGCUCUGGCGUUUUAUGUGAUAGCAUUGUGUCGUGAGACAGCAAAUCUAAGAAGAAACAGAAGAGCUCCGGAGCCCUCCCAUCUA